AUGGCUUCACUAAAGGGGAAAGUUAUUGCAGUUACAGGCGCAGCAUCGGGCAUUGGCCUAGCCACAGCGACACGUCUCGCAUCCCUCGGCGCAAGAGUCUCGAUAUCGGACAACAAUGAGAGACUCCUUGCGUCCCUUGCGUCUGAGCUAUCCAAAAAAUACGGCGAGACAAACGUCUUUCCCAGUGUAGUAGACGUAACGGAUCGCAAAGUCGUGGAGGCAUGGAUCGCCGAGACAACCAAAAACCUAGGCCCGCUCGACGGCGCCGCGAAUGUGGCGGGCGUCCUCGGCAGACAGGGCAACGCCGUAAGCAUCCCGGAGAUCGAAGAGGAUGAGUGGGAUUUCGUGAUGGGCGUCAACUUUGGAGGCGUUCGAAACUCGAUGGCCGCCGAGAUCCCUGCCCUCCUUGAAGGUGGGAGAACGGGAGGGGCUAUUGUCAACGUGUCGUCUGUCGCGGGGAAGAUGGGACUGGCGCUCAAUGGAGCGUAUACUGCGAGUAAGCAUGCCGUGGUUGGACUGACCAAGACCGCUGCGAAAGAGUUGGGGGCGAAAGGAGUGAGGGUCAACGCUGUCUGCCCGUGA